AUGGCUGACACGAUUUUUGGCAGCGGUACAGGCCAGUGGGUGUGCCCCAACGACCGGCAGCUGGCACUGCGUGCCAAGCUCCAGACGGGUUGGUCGGUGCACACGUUCCAGACUGAGAAGCAGAGGAAGAUGCAGGCUCUGAGCCCACAGGAACUUGAGGUCAUUCUGGAAGUCAUCCGCAAGGCGGAGAAAUUGGACAUCAUCGAGCAGCAGCGCAUCGGGCGCCUGGUGGAGCGGCUGGAGAACAUGAGAAAGAACGCGAUGGGGAAUGGCCUCUCCCAGUGUCUGCUCUGUGGUGAACUGCUUGGGCUUCUGGGCAGCACGUCAGUCUUUUGUCAGGAUUGCAAAAAGAAAGUUUGCACCAAGUGUGGAAUAGAAACCUUUGGAACCCAGAAACGUCCUCUUUGGUUGUGCAAGAUCUGCAGUGAACAGAGAGAGGUUUGGAAGAGGUCUGGUGCAUGGUUCUACAAAGGGCUGCCCAAGUACAUCACGCCUUUGAAGAGCAGCAGCAAAUCCAGUGAGCUGCCCUCACAGCCUUGGCAAAGCGAGCCAUCCGUGCCGGAGGCAGAGAGCAUCGGGACCAGCCGAUCCUUCACCUGGGCCCGGGGAAAAGUGGUUUCUAGCGACAGUGAGAGCGACUCGGAGUUCAGUUCCUCCAGCCUGGAUGACAAGCCUUUACCUGUGGGGUCAAAAGGCUCACAAGACAGAAAGCACCGAGCAGGACUGGCGCCCAUCGGGGAACCCAGCCAGGCCAUGGGCAGGGCACUGGGGAGCACUCACUCCCCUGCCCUCUCGGGGAGCCGCAGCAGCCUGGGCAGCGAGCAGGGGGCUGCCCUCAGCGCCACGGAGAGCUGCCAGAGCGACCAGCCGGCGGAUGGGCGCGACAGUGAUGUUGGCAGCAGAGUCCCCGGCAAACGGUGCGUCCACACCAGAACGCGAUGCUGA